AUGAAUGAAAUAGAAAAUCACAAAAAUUUACCCAAUCACAAGUCUUUAGUCGCUGCUCGAGAAUCUAUCGAUCAUGAGAAUGAAGAACAUCUUGCAUCUUUUCUUCAGAAUGACACUCCAGACAUCUUUGAAACAGAUGAUGUACCGGAAGCAGGACUCAAGGAUGAGAGGAUCGAAAGCGAAACGACAUCACCACAAGCUCAUGGUUAUACAGAGGCUCUGAUGCAGCUUCUCACUGGAAAUUACAGUGACUCUGAAUCCGAAUGUUCAGAUCGCUCUGAGCGUGUUCAGCAUACCGAGCUUGCCGAUGUUGAUUGGGAUGCUAUUCUGUUGAACAAACUCAAAGAAGAUGUAGAUCAUAGCUCAAGUAACUCUGAUUCAGGUCAAUCAAGUGGUUCAGACAUAGACAAUCACGAAAUCGAAGAUGAUAUAACAAAAAUUACCUCGAAUUGA